AUGUGCGCUGACUAUUCUACUGGCCUAUAUAGCGACAUUCAGCCCAAUCAGCAUCCUCUCCCGCUCCCCGAGGAGAUUUUUGCCAAGCUCUCCGACAUAGUCUUCAUAGUCUUCUCGCACAUCGAUCUACCGGAUGCGUAUUUCCAAAUACCGGUUGAGAAAGAUUCCAGACAGUACCUCACGAUCAAUACUCAUUGUGGAUUGUUUGAGUUUAAUCGCUUGCCACCGGAUGUCAAAUCUGCCCCCGGCACGUUUCAAAAGAUCGUCGACGUGGUAGCUGGUUUGGAAGGCUGGCUUCUGGAGCGUAUUCAGGAGUGCUGUUUUAUGCCGGUAAACCCAGUAUCUCGGUUUGAUUGUCAACCACCAAGGGAUCCGGCCCGAUCCUGUCAAAACAGCAGUGAUAUGUAA